AUGCAUUCAGCUCAUCGAAUCAGCGUAGAAAACGCGAGGAAAUUUCUUUCCGCCAAUGAAACCGGUCGGAAGAAUGAUUCUGAGGUAGUUCCGAGAAGUGUUCGUGAAGGACCUGCUGGGGCUGAAAAAGAGUACGAUCUUGACGAUGGCGAUGAUUCGUAUCAGUGUUUUCCACGUGGUUUGGUUCUGACUACCAAGUCUUGGAGACGGCCGGUUCCGGAUAAAUUCAAGCAAGCGCAAUCGAGGAGAAUUGAAUCGCAUCCGAAAUCUCCAGCAUUUGACGAAGACAAAACUUCUUACUCGAAGAAUAAGUUCCAGGGCAGUCCACGUGAUGCUGAUUAUUCGGACGAUGGAUAUCGAAAAAGUAUGUCGAAUGAUCCAAGACAAUCACGCAUCGAAGAUAGGGUGACUUAUCGCUCCCCUUUGUUGCGGAACAUGAAAGAACACCACUUCCGGUCUGGUGCCUUACGCAAAAAACUUGGCCCCACUACCCCGAGGCCGUUGCGUCUGCACGCGGAAAAAGAAGAAUUUUUGGGCGAACAGGACUCUGCAGUGCAACGCGAAAAAUUCGCCGAAUACCCGCACGAUUUUCCAGUUUGGGCCCCACCUCCGGAAAAUGCUUAUGAUACCAAUUACGAAGGAGAGAAUGACCGACUGCUGAUGCCUUCUGACCCAAGGUAUUUGCCUCAGAAUGGUUACGAUGAGCAGAUGCCGUUGGUGGAGGAUUAUGAAGUUGGAAUGAAACGUCUGCCUUCAUGGAGAACCCAACGACCGUUGGAAUCAAGUUUAGAGAAAACGUUAAACCGCGUUCACAACUCAGAUCACGUUGCACACUUCGUCCAAAAUCCUAAGAAAUACGGCAGGGGAAGAACGAAGCCAAAAGGGAAAGAAGAACCCCCGCUGAACAUACAUAUCUGGCCGAACUUUCUGGGCUAUAAUUACGGCUGGCAACCGUUGAAUGGCUGGUUGAAACAAUACCCUAACCGCAAACCGUCGUUGGAAAAAAUUAAGGCUCGCCUUGAUCGAGUUUCGGACUUGUCAGAGGGUUUCAAAGCUGCGAAUCAACAGCAGCACCCGCUUUUGGGAUCCGUGGUUUCCAGCAGCGCUUCUGUUGAAACUACGACGACCGGAGGAUCUGGAGCAUUCGCGUAUUGCGUUUCACCUCACAAAUGCGCAGGACCCACGACUUUCCCGUCUCAAGUCGUGCUUGUGGAUAAACAAGAUGGAAGCGGAUUCAAGUCCCUCGGAAACGUAACCACUGUUGACACUGAGCAAAUGAAUAAUUUGAAAACCAUCGUCGUGAUCCAGAAUCGAAUAACUAAGCCCAACGUUCCGGCUUCGUCCCAGACGCCUCUUCUUCGCGAAUCCUCAGUUACCCUACCCGGCCGAGAUGCUUGGGUGUGGCAAAUCUCAUUAUUAAGACAUAUGAAAAAUCUCCGUAAUGAAAUUACUGCAGGUUCUGACCUUAAGAAGAUGGCUGCUGAAGUGAAUGAAAUCACCGGCUUCCCAAGGAGCACCACAACCAGGAUUUUUCAAGCCACAAAAAAACAUCGUGGUUACACAUUCCAGGCAGAUAACCAAGGAGUGUUUGUACCAGUUGAUGCUUACUCGCGUCCUGACGGAAUUUUCGUAACGACAAAAUCAAUUUCAGGCAAGAAGACCUCAACUACAACCGUUCGUAACAGAACUUUGCCAACUGAGAAAUUCAGCAUGAAUGCCGAACUCAAGAUACUGUUUUACAAGGUCAUUAAUUGCAAUUAUGAAGGCGAUUUCGGUGUGAUUGGUUGCUGUGAUGUUCACUGCGUCAGCGUUAGAUCGCCGAGGUUUCGGAGUAAUAUGUCGGACGAAAAUGCGAGUGGGGGCGCGGAGGCAGCGGAAGGAAAGAUGCAAAUCGUGAUCAAAACGCCGAAAGAGAAGCAAACGGUUGAAAUUUCCGCGGAUGCAUCCGUGGAAGAUUUGAAGGAUGAAGUUGCGAAGAAGUUCAAUAAUCCGAACAAAAGUCAGAUUUGUCUGAUUUUCGCUGGGAAAAUCCUGAAGGAUGCCGAUAAGCUAUCUUCGAGUAGUAUCAAAGAUGGUGUUACUGUUCACCUCGUCAUCAAGUCCGUUACUGCGCCUUCAGCAUCAGACACACCUUCCCCACGUCGAACACCGGCCGAUAUCGGUGCAACUCCUUUCGGUCUUGGUUCGCUUGGUGGCUUGUCGGGCAUUGGAUCAAUGGGAAUGGGGUCGACGAAUUUUCUGGAAAUGCAACAGCGAAUGCAAGGGAUGUUGACCAACAAUCCUGAGAUGAUUCGGCAGAUGAUGGACAAUCCAAUGAUCAGUACGAAUCCGCAAAUGCAGUCAAUAAUGGAGCGAAAUCCAGAAAUCAGUCACAUGUUGAACAACCCUGAGAUCCUUCGUCAAAGCAUGGAACUUGCCCGGAAUCCGGCUGCGCUUCAAGAACUGAUGAGAAACCAAGAUCGGGUCGUUUCAAAUUUGGAAUCUACUCCUGGUGGUUACUCUGCAUUGCGGCGAAUGUAUACGGAUAUUCAAGAACCCAUCAUGUCUGCUGCUCAGGAGCAACUCGGAAGCAACCCCUUCUCCGGUUUGCUCGGUGCGAAUCGGGGUGGACAAACGGGUGAACGGAAUUCAAACGCCCCUAUGCCCAAUCCCUGGUCAUCUUCAACCAGCCCAGCAUCGGAGCAAGGCGGGAGCACUCCUUCUCAACCAAGUGCGUCUCCAAACGCGUCAAUGACGAGCAUGAUGCAGCAGAUGAUGGAGAAUCCUCAGAUGAUUCAGAAUAUGAUGUCUGCGCCUCAUACGCAAGCCAUGUUGCAGGCGUUGUCUGCAAAUCCAGAUCUUGCGCGGACAGUGCUCUCAACGAACCCCUUGAUUGCUAACAAUCCUGAAUUAAUGGCCCAAACGCAAGAGAUGAUGCCAGCUUUUCUGAAUCAAAUGCGGAAUCCCGAAGUCGUGAAUAUGAUGACCAACCCUCAGGCAUUAGAAGCCAUUUUACAAAUUCAAAGAGGAGUCGAACAACUGCAAAUGGCUGCACCAGGUUUUGCCUCAAGCAUGGGGCUACCCACUCCACCAGCAACCCCAACCGUACGCGUCCCAACGACUGGAUCUUUAGCUAAUCCUCCUACUCCUGGCACCCCCGCUGCUGAAAACAAUCAGCAAAUGGCUGAUUUCAUGUCACGCAUGGUUCAGCAACUAUCGAGCAUGACUCCCGGAGAAUCUGCUCAACCACCAGAGCAGAGGUACAGAGUACAAUUGGAUCAGUUGCUGGCCAUGGGAUUCGUGAAUCGAGAAGCCAAUCUUCGCGCCCUCGUAGCAACGUUUGGAGACGUGAACGCCGCAGUCGAGCGUUUGAUCGCGCAAACGUCCUCGGGAUCCGGCAGCGGCAGCACCGAGACGUCGCAGAGUUGAUCAGGCUCAAACGCUGGGUUUAAAAAAAAAGAAAACAUUGAACUUUUGAUGUUUAAAAUUUUAUUUCGCAUCCGCUUCAUCCCAUUUUCCCUCUCGCAGUUUCCUGACGAAAACGAUUCUUCGCAAAUUGAUUCAUCGGUCGUGUUGAGGAAGUUAUUCCUUUGAUUUACUGUGGGUGGGGAAUGCGUGUGUGUGUAUACGCACGACUUUAGCCGAAGUCAAUUUGCUGAGGUCCAACCAACCGCUUUAUUUUUCAUGAGCGUGAAGAAAAGGAAGUUGGAGCGAAGCGGAAUUGUUUUUUUUUAGCCGUACUGGAGUAAUGCAAAAGCUCUGCACUUUUCCUGUGGUGUAUGUGUGGGUGGGUGGUUUUGAGGAGAAUCGGGCUCUGGUGUAGCAUAUCUCUUGAAGCCAUUUUCGAAGUUACGGAUGCUCUCGACAUUUCUAUGCCUGUAGUGUCUCACAAGUGUGAGUGUGGACGUCUUAUUGCGUAGGGAACCCGGGGAAAUUCGUUUUUCUUUCGGCGGUCCGGUUUUGAGAUCGUUCGCUGGUUGGUUCUGUCGAUUAGUUAUAAUUAUCGUGCAUCUUACUAUAAUUCAAAUACUUGGGAGUUGAAGCAUUGUAUAAAAUGAAUUUGGAUGGAUUA